ACGUCAUGCACUUUCACCCUGUGAAUGCGUCGCGACGCUUCGCGCAAUAUUCGUCGUGUUUUAGGAAAAUACUUAUUUGUGCUGUUUUUUUUGUGAUAUGUGAUUUUUUUAAUAGUUAACAUGUGGGAAAAUAUUUCGAAUUAUUGUCCGAGACAAUACAGACUUGUUGGUACUAUCGACCACUGUCAAUAUCCUCUGGAAACAUCUACGUAACAGUCAGAAGGAGCCUCAAGAACCAUGAAUUCCGAAGAAGAAGAAAUCAAAGAACCCAGUUGGAAUGGACUGGAAUUACCAUGUGAAGAUCACUGGACGUGGGAUAAAAAUCAUCAUAGUCACGAGGUCACUUUAAGUGGAAAACACUUGCGGACAGCUCAUUUUCAUUCCAACUGGAGCAGCGGUACCGCAGCAGCCCGAGGCACCAGAGUAUUGAAUAACGGACGAUAUUACUGGGAACUGAUGCUGUCUAGACGCAUAUUUGGAACCAGUAUGAUGUUUGGAAUAGGAACUAGAAAAGCUCGUCUACACGAAGAUUCCUUCGUAAAUCUUCUCGGAAUAGACGAAAACAGUUGGGGUCUGUCCCAUAAAGGUCUAAUUUGGCACAAUGGGAGUUGGGCAUACUACACAAAACCGUUUAGAGAAAACGUUUCUACAAGAAUUGGAGUUUUAUUCGAUGGCAUUGCUGGUACUCUAACUUAUUACAAGGACGGUAAAUGUCUCGGAGUCGCCUUUCGUGGCCUAAACGACAUAAAAGAACCGCUUUUUCCUCUAGUUUGUUCGACGGCGGCCAAAACCGAAAUGGUUUUGGAAAAUAUUAAAAGAGACUUUGUAAAUCUGCAGGACAGGUGCCGAGCGGUAAUAGUUAAAAAAAUUAAGUGCAAGCAAGAUGUUAAGGAACUUUACUUGCCAUCUAGAAUACAAACGUAUUUGUCUGAGGUGAUAGAAGACAGUGUGGAACCUUUCAAGUUGGUCAGUCAAAAUUUGAGUUAUUUAGAAACGAAUUUCUUGACUACGAUACCAAGUAAAAAAACUGUUUAGUAAAGUGAAAUGUUUGAGCAUGAAAACGCUUUUGAAUUAAUGACAAUUAUAUUUUCUCAUGUUAAAAAUCUAUAUUUAAAUAAGCGUAUACAAGACUAAUAAUAAGCUCAUUAUUCCAGUGUUGUUUUCAGCAAUGUUAGGAACCAGUGGCGUAGCCAG